UCUCAGUCGCCCACCUAUCGCCUCAGAACAGAGCAGGAGCAGGUGGUCCUCUACUCCCCAGAGCAGACCUCGCUCCAUGAAAGUGAGGGUCUGUUAUUAAUGCAACCUCGUGUUCCACUGUGGCGCUCUCUCUCUUUUUCUCUUCCCCUCCUCUCUCUUUUUUCUUCCCCUCCCUCUGUCUAUAAUUUGAAUGAGUACGCUACAGUGUGGAGGGUAGGGAGGUGGAAACGGCCACUGUGUGAGGUCAUUAGCACUGUGUGGACUGGCUAAAGGUCAUGUAGUGUUUUGAGGACACUCACACUGUCUCUCUCCUCUCUCUCCUCACCUUCUCCCCCCCCCCCCCCCCCCCCCUCUCUGUUUCUCUCUCUCAUUCUGUCCCUCUCUCCCUCCUUUCCUCUCUCCUUCUGUCUCUCAGGGUCUACAGGGAACUCCCGCAGCUCCACCCAGAUGAACUCGUACUCAGACAGUGGCUACCAGGAUGCCAGCAGCUACUUCAGCGGCCAGAACCAGAAUAAUCUGGCCAAGGCCGAGCUGAGGAUGCAGCACUCGUACCCGGGCACAGGCGGCACCUCCACCCUCCUGAGGAAUGCCAGGGCUGAGGGCCAAGCACAGGUCCAGGUACGGACACGAAGCAGAGGGCACACCGUCUGCAGCAGUCACGACCCUAGAGUUGAAUAGAGGAAACAUUGUCUGCGGCAGUCCCAGCCAUAGAGUUGGAUAGAGGAAACACUGUCUGCGGCAGUCCCAGCCAUAGAGUUGGAUAGAGAGUUGCAUGCUGUCACAGAAGCGGAAAUGGCAAAGAUAGGAGAUGAGCUCUAUGGUCAUGACUCUGACUGCUAUUGAGCACACAGAUGCUACUGCUGGCUACACAGUCACAGGGAGAUGAGGUGGAAGUUAGAGAAAAGAGAGAUGAAAAGGACCUAGAAUAUUCCCCUAAGGCAUUAAUAUUUUCUGUGAAGAUGUUGAAUGUCUAAUGAAGAUCACCGUAAAAGGAUUUUAGGGCUCUAUUAAAUGUGAUGUUAAAAUGUGUGGUGGUUGCUCAGUAGUUUGUCCUUGUCUGUCCUGGCAGGCCCCAGUGUUAACUGCCGCAGCGCCGGGUCGAGCCAUGAGGAGGGUGAGCUCGGUGCCCUCCAGGACCCAGUCCCCAGCCUACGGCAGCAGUGUGUCCCCCUCCCGCGGCUCCCUGAGGGCCACCAUGGGUAGCAACUACGGUUCCCCCAUCGUGACAGAGCCCAAGCCCCUGUCCAGUAUCUUCUCCACCACCCUGCCCUCAGCGCAGCGAGCAGGCUCCCCUUACAACACCCAGAAGAGCUCCCCCGCAGCCCUGCGCCGCAUGGGCAGCGCACACUCCCGUUCGGGCAGCGCCAGCCGCACCACCUCGCCCUACCUGGGGUCGGCAUCGGGGCGCAUGGGGUCCCCGUUAACGAUGGUGGACGGCCCCCUCACCGAGCAGCCGGUGGGGUCGUCGGUGUCUCCGGUGCGCUCCAGCAUGACGGCCCAGCCCCAGCACUAUGGCUCCACACUGCCUCGCUCGCUGAUCCACCAUGACUCCGAACCCUACGGAGCCCAGAGCUAUGACGUCUACGAGAGGAUGAUCCCACGGCCUGACAGCUUCACAGGUCCGUUCUUAUGCCUUCCCCUUUGUACACAUAUCUAGAGUGGGUGUGCUCACUCUCUCCAAGUGUCUACUCUCUCUGGAGAUAAUACAUGCAUGCCUCCACAGGGCAGGAGAUAAUGGAUGCGUCCCAAAUUGUACCCUAUUGCCUAUAUAGUGCACUACUUUUGACCAGGGCCCUAUAUGGUCAAAAGUAGUGCACUAUAUACAUUGAGUGUACAAAAUAUUAAGAAUACCUGCUCUUUCCAUGACAUAGACUGACCUGGUGAAUCCAGGUUAAAGCUAUGAUCCCUUAUUGAUGUCACUUGUUAAAUCCACUUAAAUUAGUGUAGAUGAAGGGGAGGAGACAGGUUAAAAAAAUUAUUUUUAAGCCUUGAGACAAUUGAGACAUGGAUUGUGUAUGUGUGCCAUUCAGAGAGAAUGGGCAAGACAAAUGAUUUGAGUGCCUUUGAACGGGGUAUGGUAGUACGUGCCAGGCGCACCAGUUUGUCAAGAUCUGCAAUGCUGCUGCGUUUUUCACGCUCAACAGUUUCUCGUGUGUAUCAAGCACAGGAGGUUGGUGGCACCUUAAUUGGGGAGGACGGGCUCGUGGUAAUGGCUGGAGCAGAAUAGGUGGAAAGGUAUCAACAACAUCAAACACAUGGUUUCCAUGUGUUUGAUGCCAUUCCAUUCACGCCGUUCCAGCCAUUAUUAUGAGCCGUCCUCCCUUCAGCAGCCUCCACAGGUAUCAAGAAUUGUCCACUACCCAAAGGACAUCCAGCCAACUUGACACAACUGUGGGAAGCAUUGAAGUCAACACGCUUUUGACACCUUGUAGAGUCCAUGCCGCGACGAAUUGAGUCUGUUCUGAUAAUAAGUACAUUAAAGUCCUCUCCCCAUAAUCAGAGUUGGACUCCAGUCUGAGGCUCAGCUGUCAAUGCUUUUCCAUUGGCAUGCUGCAGCACACAGUGAGUCACUGCACACAGCCCAGAGACCCAUUGUCUGCAUCCCAAAUGGCACCCUAUUCAUUACAUAGUGCACUACUUUUGACCAGAUCACUAUGGACCCUGGUCAACCUCUGGUCAAAAGUGGUGCACUAUAUAGGGGAUAAGGUGCCAUUUAGGACGCAGCCCAUGUCAAUCUGUGGCAUGGGCCAAGGCCAGACCCUCGCUCUCAUGUAGACUCGCGUCAUAAACCACAGGCCACUGUUUGAAGGGUUUGGCAUGAUCCAUCCAUCCACUCGCACAGUUGGAUAUACUGCCACUGCACUAGAAUGAAUGCAAAUAGGCCUACAUCCAUUGGGAAAAACUCCUAGUACUAGAAAAAGACUGGGGUUUCUUAAGCAAACUGCAGAGUCGAGAAAUAAUGUAUUGACAUACCAAAGACAAAGCCGUUGUUUGGACUUUGUUGUUUGUGUACGUUAUCCGAUUUGAUCCCAAGUGCAUAAAUAAGAUACGUGCGUUAAAGUCAAGUUAGAUUUUGUUUCCCCUGUCAAGUUCAUUUAAAAUGAAGAAGGGUGCCAGCAUGCCUGCCUGCCAUCCCCCUGAGAUGAAUCAGUGUGCUCUGGUUGACAACUCCUCUAAGUAAUUCAUAUGUUGUGUGUUGAUUGAUAGAUCUGUUGUAAUUUCUCUUCGCGGGUGUCAGCCAUAGGAGUCUGACUUUACAUUUCAAAGCCCCGUAAAUACUAGCUGCUUGACAGGGAGUCUAAAGAAAGAAUGCUAGAAGAAUUCUAGAAUGAUUGUCCUAUGUUGCUGCAGAGGCUUUUCUUCUUCCACUGCAUCAGAAAUGAGCAUUCGUUACUCGUUUGUCAUUUCCAUCUGGAGACGCGAGGGUUGUGUAGUGCGUGUUAUCAGACAUUUUCUGUCGAGUUUUUGUUCCUCUUUGGAAGAAAAGAUCCCUGUGGUGUAAAACAGUUUAAAUGAAAUUAUGUUCUAUAAUUCCUCACAGUAGGGGAUUCUCUUCCUGGUACAAAGCAGUAUUGGAAAACAAGGCCCAGCAACAUCAGAAAGCGUAAGAAACGGCCCAAAUGGCACCCUAUUCCCUACAUAGUCCAUUACUUCUGACCAGAGCCCUAAGGGUGCCAUUAGGGACACAACCAUGUUUUCCACUCCAGAAUAAUUUCUGAUAUUUUGAGGCGUUCUUGUAUGAAACAUAGAGGUUUAUUGCAGGGUUUUCCUGCAAAUUGCAAAUUAUUCCUGUUUUCAUAAUGGACGGCUUUGCAGAUGAAUAUAGAAAUGCAUGCAGCCAAUUUCCGGUACAAGGCCUAUCUCAUUUUACUGAGUGCCUGCCGUUAUUUGUAUACGGUCUAUUGUGCCCGCCUUUAAACUAAUAUUCAUAUGACUUUGUGUUACUUUGAAUUAUUUCAGCUGUCCCACUAGUGAAACAAUCUAUACAGUUAUAUAUCCCGAUAGUAUUUCGGACGAUAUACAAUAUAUAUUUGGACGUUUAUACUUGACUCCUUUUAUUUCGUACCUGUGCCAAAACUCAGGUAAUUUUCAUCCAAUAGCUUGUUCAUCUUCUUUUUAAAUAGUGAGCUAAUGCUCUCGUCCCUCGUUUCCCUCUUGUCCCUCGCAAUAAAAUCACAGUAUCGAACUACAAUACAUAUAGAGUCGUGAGAAUUGCAAAACAAAUCGUAUCGGGACCUAAGUAACAUGACAAUAUCGUGAGGUCCCUGGCAAUACCUAGCCUUUAGUCCCAGGUAGUAGCAAUAUUUCUCCAUGUUUUUAUCAUGAAAAGGUUGAUAUAAUGUGUGUUUUUUGACCAACUUUUCCUCCUGCCAUUGGAUAUCUACAGACCUCCUGGUAGAUGAUGACCUUCAAGGUGAAUUCUAACUUCAUCAUGUUGCCCUCCCCUCAUAAUGUGCUUGGGUCCGGGGUGAAGUUUCCCCUCGGUACAGAUCUAGGACCAGCUUCCCCUCCCCCAAUCCUGACCUUAACCAUUAUUGGGGAAAAUGCCAAACUGACCCAAGAUCACCGUCUAGGGGCAACUUCUCCCUACAUUAGUGUCUGAGUAUGGCAUGUAUGUUUUUUUCUGUGGGGACUACGCGUGUCACCUUUUUGUUCGUAGCAUGAUCAUCAUUUCCAACCUAUUUCCUUUUACAAGCAUUAAAACCCCAUUCACAUAGGGCAGAAGUUAAAACGGCUAUGGAGAAAUGCCUUAAAGUGUAGAGUUAUCAUUUCCAGACCAAGUAAGUCUGUGGUUUUACCAUUACUUUCUUGAACUUUUGUAAAUCAGGGCCCAAGAAUAAUAAUCUCCACGAGGCCAUUAUAUCACUGCAUUGCCCAGUGUCUCUCUCUCGCUCUCUCUCUCUCUCUCUCUCUCGUGCUGAUGGCCAUAAUCCACAUACGAUGACUGGUGAUCUCUCCCCGAGACACAAAUGGCUUUUUAAAACUCUUUCUCUAAGGUGCAAAGUCUGCAAACACAUUGGCCACUUUGGCCAGUCAAGCCCAAUAGCUCUUGUCUGAAUUGGCUAUCUGCUCUGUCCCAAACCCCCAUGCCACCUCGCACCCAGCUGCCCCCAAAGGAACUAGUUGGCACAAAGUCACAUACAGUGCAUUCGGAAAGUUUUCAGACCCCUGGACUUUUCCAACAUUUUGUUAUGUUACAGCCUUAUUCUAAAAUUGAUUAAAAUGUUUUUCCCCCUCAUCAAUCUACACACAAUACCCCAUAAUGACAAAGCAAAAACAGGUUUUUAGAAAUGUUUGCAAAUGUAUUUAAAAAAAAACAUGGAAAUAUCACAUUUACAUAAGUAUUCAGACCCUUAACUCAGUACUUUGUUGAAGCACCUUUAGCAGCAAUUACAGCCUCAAGUCUUCUUGGGUAUGACACUACAAGCUUGGAACACCUGUAUUUGGGGAAUUUCUCCCAUUCUUAUCUGCAGAUCCUCUCAAGCUCUGUCAGGUUGAAUGGGGAGCGUCGCUGCACAACUAUUUUCAGGUUUCUCCAGAGAUGUUCGAUCGGGUUCAAGUCCGGGCUCUGUCUGGGCCACUCAAGUACAUUCAGAGACUUGUCCCGAAGCCACUCCUGCGUUGUCUUGGCUGUGUGCUUAGGGUCGUUGUCCUGUUCGAAGGUGAACCUUUGCCCAAGGCUGAGGUCCUGAGCGCUCUGGAGCAUGUUUUCAUCAAGGAUCUCUCUGUACUUUGCUCCGUUCAUCUUUCCCUCGAUUCUGGUCCCUGCCGCUUAAAAACAUUCCCACAGCAUGAUGCUGCCACCACCAUGCUUCACCGUAGGGAUGGUGCCAGGUUUCUUCCAGACGUGACGCUUGGCAUUCAGACCAAAGAGUUCAAUCUUGGUUUUAUCAGACCAGAGAAUCUUGUUUCUCAUGGUCUGAGAGUCCUUUAGCUGCCUUUUGGCAAACUCCAAGCGGGCUGUCAUGUGCCUUUUACUGAGGAGUGGCUUCCGUCUGGCCACUCUACCAAAAAGACCUGAUUGGUGGAGUGCUGCAGAGAUGGUUGUCCCUCUGGAAGGUUCUCCCUUCUCCACAGAGGAACAGUGGAGCUCUGUCAGAGUGACCAUUGGGUUCUCAGUUGGGCUGGGCGGCCAGCUCUAGGAAGAGUCUUGGUGGUUCCAAACUUCUUCCAUUUAAGAAUGAUGGAGGCCACUGUGUUCUUGGGGACCUUCAAUGCUGCAGAAAUUGUUUGGGUACCCUUCCCCAGAUCUGUGCCUCGACACAAUCCUGUCUCGGAGCUCUAUGGACAAUUCCUUUGAACUCAUGGCUUGGUUUUUUCUCUGACGUGCACUGUCAACUGUGGGGCCUUUCCAAAUCAUGUCCAAUCAAUUGAAUUUACCACAGGUGGACUCCAAUCAAGUUGUAGAAUCAUUUCAAGGAUGAUCAAUGGAAACAGGAUGCACCUGAGCUCAAUUUUGAGUCUCAUAGCAAAGGAACUGAAUACUUAUGUAAAUAAGGUAUUUCCAUUUAUUUUAUUUUAUAAAUUUGCAAACAUUUCUAAAAACCUGUUUUUGCUUUGUCAUUAUGGGGUGUUGUAUGUAGAUUGAUGAGGAUUUUUAUUAAUUUAGUCAAUGUUAGAAUAAGGUUGUAACGUAACAAAAUGUGGAAAAAGUGAAGGGGUCUGAAUUCUUACCGCAUGUACUGUAUGUGCUUUGAUGGCAUCAUGGCACAGGUCCUCUCCUGUGCUCAUCUGGGCCAGGACUGCCUGUGUGUCCCUUGGAUUAUGUCAGCAGUAGCAGUGACAGGGAUGUGGAUGUUCACACGCCUGCGCUCAUUUGCAUUCAGUUGACAAAUGCCACCGGAAAGCUGAAUCCUGAGCCCGACCUGAAGUCUGCAGGCUGCAGCCCUCUCUCCCUCUCCCUCUCUGUCUCUGGCCAGACCCAGACCACGAACCUCCCACUCCCUGCUCUCCCCUCCUCUUCCCCAACUGGUCCAGUGUUGGCAGGAAGUCAUUUCUCCUCUCUGCCACUGAAAAUUGGAAGAUGAAGACAAAUCUUCCCUGUAGUUUGGCCAUUAUGCCCAAUGUCCAUUUCAGAGCACUGGAGGAGAGCAAAGGCAAAUGUCGAUCAACAGCCUCUAUGCAGGUGGCCCAUGCCUAAAUGCUUCGGUUUACGGAAACAGUGGUGUAGAGUUAAAGCCUUCAGCUUUCCAUACUUGUGUAAUCUUCUUCUUGGGAGCGGAACUUAGUGUUUUCGUGGAUUUUGCUUUUGUUACUUCCUUGUUGAGAAAAGGUUUAGAGAAUUAUUUUGGACCAGGAAUGUAAGUCAGCUGCAUCCAUUUAAAUGUUUGUUUCUACAGAGUCAGUGUGCCAAACCGCCACCUCCCUACAGUACGUCUAGCCUCUGCCAAGUACAAUCUGUUUGGGCCACAGGAGGAGGUUAAGGCAGCAUUAAACGAGUAUAACACGCCAUCAAUGUUCACCACAGACGGUCAUAUAUUAUUUUCAGAGACAAUUUGCAGCUGCUUCCGAACCUGAAUGCUACAUUUCACCAGGGAAGCAGAAUAAUGGCACAGGGAUUAGCGUGCUAAGGUUUAUAAUGGUGAGAGAGAGAGAGAUGAAGGUAGGGAGAGAGAGAGCCUGUAGAGCAGAGCAGGAAUGGAUAUGCUCCUGUCUCUGUGAGAUUUAGUCCUCUCCUCCCUCUCUUCUCCUCUCCAGCUACGGUUCUACUGAAUGCCUUCCUCAUGUCCGAUGGGUUUAGCCGAUUAUUGGGCUGUGGCAGGCUGUGAUCCUACACCGGCUCAUUGAUAUUCCCCCUCUAUAGUCGGAAACCUUUGAACAAGAGAAGCCAAAGUGAUUUACUGCCAAACGGAACACCUUUGUCUGAAGCGCUGCAGAUUGACUGACUGAGCCACUGCCUGGAUGUGUCGCCACAGCAGCACACAUUAACCUCGACAAUGACAAGUCCCUCCUAGGGCUGUAAAUGUCCUGUAAUUUCACCAAAAUUCCCAGGUUUUCCGGAAAUCCUGGUUAGACGAUUCCCGGAAUCAGGAGGGAAAACCUGGGAAUUUUGAGAAAGUUACUGGAAUUGUGUAGCCCUGAUUCCUUUCCCUCCUCAUCCUCGCUGAAACAAUGCAAUAGAUGUCACUACCUUUAACCCAUGGGGAAAUACCGUUUUAGUGGAUGGCAGUAGCUAUGCUUUCCAUGUCGUGCAGUAAGCUGUUUGAAUAGGGUUUAUUAUCCACUGGCUCGUAAUUUAGCUGUUCAUUAGUUAGUGUGCGAAGCUGGAGGUUAUCAGGGGUCUCGCGGCAGCAUCCCCCCAGAGACGAAGCCCCUCCCCGGGUCUCUCUCGCCACAGGUGAAGGCACACUGCGGAUGCUCCAGAGGUCAUGUUUAUUUGGUCCUGUUUCUGAGGCGGAGGAGAACAGUGUGUUGCUACUGAGUAUCUAUCUAGCUGCCUCACUGGGCUUCAACACUCCUGGAAAAAUAUUUAUAUAUUUAAUAUUCAUUUAUUCAUUUUGAACUCCGAUAAGAAUCCCUAAUUUAUCUCGUUAACGCAUGACAACGUCAGUGUUGAGCAGCUUUUGGAGCCUCAGCUCGCCAAGCGGUGUUAGACCGGAGCCCAAAAUAAUGGUGCUGAGGGGAACAGAGGGUAUCAUGGUGUUAGGAACAUGGCCCUGGAGCUUUGGGCCGGCCGCCGCGGUAAUAACUGCCGGCUGGAUUUAUACGUGUGGAUACAGAGAAGCAUAUGCUGCAUGAUUGCUGUUGACUUGGUAUGCAUCCCAAAUGGUACCCUAUUCCCUAUAUAGUCCACUACUUUUAUAGAGUUCCGGUCAAAAGUAGUGCACUAUAAAAAGAAUAGGGUGCCAUUUGGGACGCGACAUUUGUUCCACGUUUGGACCAACCAGCCCUCGUGUCAGUCAGCUAGUCAGCCAUGCUACGCUGCGACUCCCCCAAAUACUAUUGUCAUAGUAAUUAAUCUGGUGUGAAUUUGUAAUUUGACUGACCUCAGUGGGGUUUCCCCCUGGUAGGUGAGCUUAUGGUGAAGAGAACCCCCCUCUCCAUUUCCAGAAACACGCUUGCCCACAUCCUGACAUUUUCUGGCUCAGCCUUGUUCUACUAGCCUAUAUCUCUUCUCUCUCACUACAAAUCCUGAGAAUGGGGAAGGCAACUUCUAUCCUAUCAAGACCCAGGGUCUGUGUUCCAAAUGGAACCCUAAUCCCUUUGUAGUGCACUACUUUUGACCAGAGCAUUAUGGGCCCUGGUCAAAAGUAGUGCACUACAUAGGGAAUAGGGUGCCAUUUGGGACUCUUCCCAGGUGUGGCCUCUCAUACUGAAACAUUAUGCUGAGUUCACUGCUGGGUGGUUUCAACUAGUGGUCGAGGCUUUGGGCUAUAUUUCACUAUAUAUUUCCUCCUAGGCCAGAGAGGUACUAUGAGAAGUAUGGCUAAGAGUUAAUUGUUCAGCUAAGAGCUGCUAGAGAGAAGAGAGUGUGCUUACUAAAAAGCUGGAUCAUUAAGAGAGAGGGUGGAGAGGAGAGCUGGGGCGGUGCAGCAUGACAAACUACAUACCACUACUGCCUUAGCAUUACACAGAAUUGGAAAUGAACCCUGAAUUCAUUUCAAUUAAGUCUUUAGCAGCUAAACUAUCAAACUUCAACACGGAUAACAAGGAGUUUUUCUCCGAGCUCUCGCUAGCAGUUCCAGAGUGUCUGAAUCAUCACAGUUGAAUUGUAGCUGUGGUGUGUGCUGCUGUGUAGUAGCUCCAGUGCUGUCACUGUGUGAUGGUAAUGGGGAUUAGGGGUGACACACAGGGAGACGCACGAGGCCGGUGGCAGUCUCUAACCCUGUACUACUGUCUUGGGCUCUGUCCCCUAUAUAGUGCCCUACUUUUGACCAGGGCCCAAAACAAGUGCACUAUAUCGGGAAUAAGUUGCCAUUUGGGAUGCAGACUUACCCUCCCUCGCCUCCCGCCCCCCUCCCUCUAGGCAUGCGGAGCUCGUACGCCAGUCAGCACAGCCAGCUGGGCCAGGACCUGAGGUCAGCCAUGUCCCCUGACCGACACAUCACGCCCAUUUACGAGGACAGGACCUUCCAUGGGCCCCUGUACCGCAGCCCAAGCCACCAAGGCCCCGUGGACCUCAACCACACCUCGCAGAGCGCCAUCUACAGGGGGCCCUCAGGUACGGGAACCACAUGACUAGGGCUGCAAAAUGGCUGUCACUUUCACCAAAUUCACAGGUUUUCCAGAAAUCCUGGUUGGAGGAUUCCUGGAUUUCCUGCUUAUUCCUUCCUAAUUCCGAGAAUCUUUCAACUGGGAUUUCUGGAAAACCUGGGAAAUUUGGGAAAGUUCCCGGAAUUUUGCAACCCUAACGUCAUCUCAAUGUGCACUGA